GAAGAUAAUACAUAUUGGGCUGCGCUGGGAUUGCGUGGCUGAGGGGCCUGCCUCAGCUGAUUUUCAAGCAGAGUGUACUAAGCAGAAUCAAACUACGGUACCAUGGGCAGCCCCACUGACACUGAAGAUGUUUAUGUCGCUGUGAUCAGACCAAAGAACGCAGGAAGUCUUAAUUCUCGGGAGUAUCGAGCUAAAUUGUAUGAAAUUUUAAUGAUCGAGGUACCAGUUGAAGGGCAGAAGAAAAAGAGAAAAAAGGUUUUGUUGGAGACGAAACUUCAAGGGGAAAAAGAUACAGCUCAGGAAAUUCUGGACUAUGUUUUAGAGUCCACCAAACUCGUUUCUCCUUCAAACCAAGGGGUUAAAGGAAAAAGAGUUGUACGCAUGAAAAAGUUUACACUUGAUGGAGAAAGAACUGGCAGAGAAGCCACUCUGUUUCUUGUACCUACUGCUGUCAAAGAGAAUGCAAAGAAUUCAUACAACACCGGCAGCCCAGUCUUCUACUGUUUCCAGGAUAUUAUGAGAGUGUGCAGUGAAUCCAGCACUCAUUUCUCCACUGUCACAGCACGGAUGCUAAUUGCUCUGGAUAAAUGGCUGGAUGAACAGCACGCUCAGUCCCACGCUAUUUCAGCACUCUUCAGACCAUCACCCUUAGAGAGAAUAAAGACCAACAUUACAAACCCGGCCUAUGCCACUGAAGCUGGCCAGUCUGAGAACUCUCUGCACAUGGGAUACACUGCUCUAGAGAUAAAAAGCAAAAUGAUGGCUUUAGAGAAGGCCGACAUGUGUAUCUACAACCCUCUGUUUGGAUCAGAUCUUCAGUAUACUAACAGGGUUGAUAAAGUGGUGAUCAAUCCAUACUUUGGACUAGGAGCACCUGAUUAUUCGAAGAUACAGAUCCCAAAGAGAGAAAAAUGGCAAAGAAGCAUGAGUAGUGUCAUGGAAGACAAAGAGCGUCAGUGGGUGGAUGACUUCCCUCUGCACCGCAGCGCUUGUGAAGGAGACACUACCCUCCUCAGCCGGCUCUUGGAUGAGGGCUUUUCAGUCAACCAGCUGGACAAUGACCAGUGGGCACCAAUCCACUAUGCAUGUUGGUAUGGCAAAGUGGAAGCAACAAGCAUGUUGCUAGAGAAAGGAAAAUGCAACCCUAACCUGUUGAAUGGACAACUAAGCUCCCCCCUUCAUUUUGCUGCUGGUGGAGGACAUGCCGAAAUUGUACAGAUCCUCCUCACCCAUUCAGAGACAGACCGGCAUAUUUCUGACCAACAAGGACGCUCACCACUAGACAUCUGUGAAGAGAAUAAGCAGAACAAGUGGGAAGAGACAGUCACACUUCUAAAGGAUGCAGUUAAUAAGCCUUAUGAAAAAGUGCGUAUCUAUAGAAUGGACGGGUCAUACCGCUCUGUGGAACUGAAGCACGGGAAUAACAACACAGUACAGCAGAUUAUGGAGGGGAUGCGGCUUUCUCAAGAGACACAGCAGUACUUUACAAUAUGGAUCUGUUCUGAAAAUAUCAAUCUCCAGUUGAAGCCUUUUCACAAACCUUUGCAGCACAUUAGAGACUGGGCAGAGAUUGUUUCAGAGCUGACAAACCUGGAACCCCAAAGGGAGACCCCACAGCUCUUUCUAAGGAGGGAUGUGAAGCUGCCGCUAGAUGUUGAGAAGAAGAUAGAAGAGCCACUGGCGAUACUCAUUCUGUUUGAUGAAGCAAGAUACAACCUUUUAAAGGGUUUCUACCCGGCGCCUGAUGCCAAGCUCAUCACGUUGGCCAGCCUUCUCCUACAGAUAGUCUAUGGCAACUAUGAAAGCAAGAAACACAAACAGGGCUUCCUGAAUGAAGAAAAUCUAAAAUCCAUUGUACCAAUUACUAAAGUGAAGAGUAAGGCACCUCACUGGACCAAUCGCAUUCUGCACGAGUACAAGAGUCUGAGUACGAGUGAGGGCAUUAGCAAGGAGAUGCACCAUCUGCAGCGCAUGUUCCUUCAGAAUUGCUGGGAUAUCCCCACAUAUGGAGCAGCAUUCUUCACCGGACAGAUCUAUACCAAAGGGAGUUCCAGCAGCCACAAAGUCAUUCGAGUCUAUGUCGGAGUCAACAUUAAGGGACUGCAUCUACUGAAUUUAGAAACCAAGGCCCUGCUCAUCAGUCUCAAGUUUGGCUGCUUCAUGUGGCAGUUGGGAGAUGCCGAUACCUGUUUCCAGAUCCAUAGUAUAGGAAAUAAAAUGAGUUUUAUUGUUCACACCAAGCAGGCCGGCCUUGUAGUGAAACUGCUGAUGAAGUUAAGUGGCCAGUUCACACCAAAUGAUCGGAAUGUAUCUGAGCGUUAUGGCUAUGGCUAAUUAACAUUGAAGGGAUUCAAGUAUUGUCUAUUCAAGUUACUGCCAUCUCUGCCUAGAGUCACUGCCUUCUCUGCCUGAAGUCUCCACUCAGCCACUCAGAGACUGUUUUACCUCAGUGAUGGAUUCCCAAAUGUCUUUGUUACACUUGCAAUGGCAGCAUUACGUUUUGUUAUAUCUAUAUUUUGCACAGUCUUUUGAAGUUGAAUAUUUAUUUUGAUUGAACGUUGUUCCACAUGAUACUCCUUUUCUUACUCAUUUUGCCAUAACAGUUGUGCCUUAUUGAUGCAGCUUUAUUCUUCUUCCCCUUAAAUGGGUUAUCCUAAUGCACAAUAUAUAGAAUGAAGUUACACCCAGAAAAACAUUUGUAUUCUGCUUCUAUCAGUUCUUUUGGCAUGCAGCGACUUCCAUUAAGUUUAGAUUUGUAGGCACAGUUUCCAUUAUCCCAUUUCCAUUGUGCAGCUGCUUCCAUUAGUUCUGUGGGCAUGCAGUAUCCUUUCAGAGUGACCAAUUUUUAACAAGCCCAGCCUGAGGCAUUUUGGGUGAGCCUUGUAUUUACCUUUUAUCUGGUACUGAAUUGUCUUUCUGGUUAUCACUAUUACUGGUCUGGCCACGUGUUACCCCUCACACCUUAACACAAUUAGCACUGUGAAGUACUGGCUGGUACAGUAGGGUCCACAAAGGCUUCAACGGCAAACUAGCCCAGCAACACCUUUCUAGAAGCUGUAGGUGGGGAACAAAAUGAAAAGAAUGAUAGGUUUAUUCUGAAUAUUGCCUUCGCUCAACUGCAAAAUGACAACACAAUAGUGAUGUUACAGUGCUGUAUAGAUCUUAUUUCUAUAGAUUCUAAAACCCUGGCAACCAGGCAGAGGUUUCACAGGCUUGAAGAUAAAAGCCCUAAAAAGCUGAAAACAAUAGUCUUCCAGUCACCCUGCUUUUGGAUUGCUACAGUUACUGAUCCUAGCUACGGAAUAUUUCCAAUUAUACAAGGCAAAGUUUCUGAGAUUAAUUCUAACAGGGAUCCUUAACCCAGGGGCUGGGACCCCCGAAUGGGUUUCCAUACUUUUUACUGUGUGUUGCAUAGCUGUGUAUGCUGCUUAAUUUGGGUUCCCUUGAGAAAAAGGAAUUAUUAUUUAUCUUUCUAUUCAGCCCCCAUCCUAUUCAUAUCCUAGUCUCUCAAUUAAACCACAGUCUGCUUGCUAUGGCAAGUUGCACCCAGACAACCAGCUGCAAUUCCAAACUGGAGAACUGCUGGACAAAAAUCUAAUUUAUCCAAAACCUGCGUCCUCUCAUAUUGGCUGUUGAUUAGGUAUAAUGAGAUUCCAGAUAAAGACAUGUGCUGGGCUCAUGUAUUGGCUUUCUAUCUCCAGCCCACUCUCAGGCAAGUGCAUUUGGGUGUUAUAUUUUACAGAUUUGUUUUAAUACUCAAAUUAUGCUUUAUGGUUUCAAAUACCCCAUUAUUACAACAGGAUUAAUUAAGCGCAGAGUUGAUACAGAAGCUUGUGGCCAGCCAGAUUGAGGCAUUUGUCACCUAAAAGCCAGCCAUACAUGAGCGAAUGAGCUUGUUUAUACAGGUUACCAACUAGACAGAAAUUGAUCUGAUUCAGUCACUUAUGUGGAGGGUGAAAUCAUGGGGCCAAUCAAAGCAUUCAGCCCUAAAUUUUAAAGCAGCAGGCUAAUGGGGUGCCAGUUUAGUCAAAAACAGCUAUUACCACGAGUUAUUUCUCUAACACCUUUAUAUAAUGUAAUGGGGCAAAGGGAUAAUAUUGAUACUUUUUAUUCUGGUGGUGUAAUAUUUCCAUGGAGUUUACACAGGGCAUUGGGUCCUAUGCAAAGGGAGUUUGGCUCAUUUAGGAUCUGACGAUUGCUUUAUCAAAUGCAUUCAACUUUACAAACCUGUUUCUACCUGGCUGCCAUUUCUUUCUCUUCAAGAAUGUAAAUAAUGUUUAUAAGGAGAUUUGUAGAAUUGUCUUAUAUUUUGUACAAAUAAAGAUACUUUCAAUAUA